UUUCAACUUCCGUCUACUUUCGUAUUAGAUACGAGUAACACGUGUGUUUUAUAAUAUUAUCUGGAGACGAAAUGAAGAGAACUGGCGACAUUCUUCUAGAGUCAGAACCGUUUGUACACGUCUUAUCACAUAAAGAGACAGGCAAAAGAUGUGACUCGUGUUUCACAAGUGGUGAUGAUCUGAAGAGGUGUACCGUGUGUAAGGUGGUACGAUAUUGUAAUUCAGCUUGCCAGAAAGUGGACUGGACCUCACACAAAGGGGAAUGUCGAUGUCUAAAGAGAGUUUUUCCGGAUGUGCCACUGGACAGUGUACGCUUGAUGUUAAAACUCAUCCUCAAACAAAAGGCAGGUGACAAUGGAAAAUUUGUCAGAAAUGAUAUUGGCUGGAGAAACUUCUCAAAUUUCCAAUCACACUCUGAUAAAAUCAUGUCUGACCAACAGAGAAUGGAACAGCUUUCUAAGAUUGCUUUUACCUUGGAAAAACUUCUCGGAGACUCCAAACUUCCUCCUGCAGAUGAGUUGCUGGAAAUAUUUGGGAAGAUGGUGAUAAACAGCUUCACAGUAUGUGAUGGAGAACUGCAGCCAGUUGGAGUGGCCAUCUACCUGAGUCCUUCCUUGCUCGAUCACAGUUGCGAGCCUAAUGCCGUUGCUACAUUCCAAGGGACCAAGCUGACAGUGCGGGCCACUCAGGACAUACCAGAUCCAUCCCCAACCAAUAUUUAUAUAAGCUAUGUGGACCAGCUGGAUACAAUAGCUGAAAGAAGGAGACAGCUGUGGGAGCAGUAUUACUUUAGCUGUCAGUGUGCCAGAUGUAAGGACAAUAGUCUGGAUGGUGAGAUGUUAAGUGUGAGGUGUCAGAGGGAUAGCUGCCAGGGUUAUCAUCGCAGACAGGAAGAUGAAUUCGGAAAGUGUAAAGAUUGCAGUUAUCAGGGCAACACCAUCAGGAAAGAAGACGUAGAGCUAUUCGAUGCAGCUUGUCUGGAAUGUUUGAGGAACAUCAAGGAAAGUAGUAAGAAUGAUCCUGUAAAGGUUCUUCAGUUAUGCAAACAAUGUGAAGAAGAACAGAAGCAGUUUUUCACGGACCAUAAUAUCCACUGUAUCCAUUUACUGGUCAAGGCCUUUGAUGCUGGGAUUGAUUGUGGUCAGUGGGAGGCUGCCCUACUGUAUGGCUCACGUGUUCAGGAAUCUUACAGAAGAUUUUACCCUCCAAACAGUCCCCAUGUUGGAAUUGAGCUCAUGAAGGUUGGGAAGAUUCAGUUAUACCUGGAGCAGUGUCAGCAGGCCUUGAUAACGCUACAACAGGUAGGCAGAGAAAAUUCUAUCGAUAACACACGGCAGAUCUCACUCCCUGUAUGAAGAUUUGGAUGGUCUCAUACACCAGUGCACCGAGGAAAUGAGAGUCAGGAGGCAGAUUUCAAUACAAGACUAGAACAUGUCCGUGCCCCAGUUUUCGUCCAUAGCAUCACAUUAAACAUGUUUAAAUGAUUUUUUAUAAAGGUUCAAAAUUCAUUUACAAAAAAUAUUUGCAAUGAAAUUGUUGGAAGAUUAUAUUUUUAAAACUUCGAUAAGGAAGCUAUUGUAAUAAAUAGUUGUACAAUG